CAAAACCUGUUAUCAUCACCAAUUCCAGUGCAGUACUAGUGCAGCCCCAGUGCAGAGGAAAAGAACAAACCUUAUAUAUGUAUGUCGAUGACAUUACCCUUCGCUGAAAUGUAUACAAACUUCUGAAUUAUCAGAAAUCAUCGGCUUUGUUUGCAUUUAUUAAGUGUUAAGUUUGCAUCAUCAUACCUUGAGAUAUAAUCUUUGUGUGGUUAUAUCCGAAGGAAUUGUUAGUCUUUAUAAAGAAAUUCUCAUGUUUUUAUACGAUUCACAGUUACAUUUCUAACUGCUUUAUUCGUGUUAAAUAUAACGUAUGUUUAUUCUGAUCUAUUCAUGAAGAUAAUUGAAGAUAAUCUCAUAUAUACCACAUUUACCACGUUUACAUGAUAAUGAACAGUUUGCUUCACUAAGAUACAAUGUCAGAUGAUAACAUGCCACAUGUCUCCUAUGGACUUGAUAGCCGUGGGAGAAUAGUACGUAUCGAGUCAGGUAUAACCAGGGCCAAUAUUAGACGUCUUCCAAGUAUAGAGGAAGCUUUAAGGAGACUCAGCACAAACUUAAGAGCUGAUAGACAAACUACCGAUUCUAAUAAUGAAAUAUCUGAUUCCCAAGCAAUGGCACAAAUAGUAUCACUGGAGGAGGAUAGUUCUCAAAAUGAUAUAACAGAUCAUGAAUUAUCUGUGGAUAUUACUGAUGGAGCAUCUUCACCAAAUCAAAUCACAUCUAGUGUAUCAUCAUUGACUCCAGAAGAAGAAUAUAUUAUUUAUGAUUAUACUUUUGGAACAUGUAGUCCUACAUGCAAAUCAAUUACAGGUCCUUUAGUAGUAGUUCUCGACACAAUUGAUGCAGUUAUCUUCCGAGUAUGUCCUUUUAUUGCUGCUGGUAUAGUAGUUGGAUCCAUAUAUUGGACAGCUGUGACUUAUGGUGCAGUUACUGUAAUGCAGGUGGUUGGUCAUAAGGAUGGUCUCACCAUGAUGGAACAAGCGGAUCCUUUAGUCUUAUUGGUUGGCUUGCCAACUAUUCCAAUUAUGUUAGUUUUGGGGAAAAUGCUUCGUUGGGAAGACCAGGCUCUUAGUUUUCUGAGGCGGCAUGCAUCUAAGGUUCCUAUUUUAAGACAUUUCCUACCGAGUAGGUUUGUAUUACAUUAUUAUUUGUAUGUUCUAAUUUUCUAAAGAACAUUGUUGGGUGGUGCAGCUUUUAUAACAAUAAAAGGUGCAUUUAAGAUUUAUCAUAAACAACAACAAUAUAAGAGGCAAUGUCAGCGUCGCGUAAUGGACUAUACGGAAAGCAAUGUAGCGUUAUACAAAAGACAACAAGAUUCCGAAAGUGAUCAAAGUUAAAUAAAAUAUCAACGAAUAUUCGAAUAUUGAUUUGUGGAUAUAAUUUCUUAAAUAUAAAGCAGCUUGAUACUUUACAGUAGUUUUCAAUACAUAAACAAUCUGACAAAUAUAAUCUUCAAUGUCACAAGUACACGCGUACACAUAUAUACACACAUAUACACGCGCACGCGGUGACUACAGACUACAGAAUGUGAAAUAGUUGUAUUGUAUAUAAGAAUAUAAAAAUAAGGAUUAUAUUUGAUUAAGAUCAAUAAUUAAUUUAAAACUAUUUUUUGAAAGAUAAAAGGUAUUGGUAAAGAUGACAUCUCCUUUAAAUUAACAUUUAGAGGAACAGAGUACAUUUUAAUAAUUAUUAUAUUACAUAGGUAAUACUUUUUCUACAAUCUUCCUUGUAUGACAAAAAAUUAAAAUUGAAAUAACUGCAAA